AUGAAGCUCUCCAUCUUCGCCCUCGGCGUUGCGACCCUCGCCACGGGGACCUCCGCCGUUGGACUGGGAGGCAACCCCUUCAGCGACUUUGCACGGAUCCGGGCCAACCCUCACCGGGUCCCCCUCCAUACAAGAGACGGUGACGGCGCGGGGGCGCGGGACGUCCGGGCCCGGUCCCCGACGGUCAAGAACAACUACGGCUUCGGCAGAGACGUCGCCCGGCUGAUGAGCGAGGUGAACAGGGCCGGCAACGGCCACCCCGUGUUCCCCGACGCGCCCGCGGUGAGCAGGCGGUCCCGCCGGGGCCUCCACGAGCGCCGCGUGGCGACCAGGGAUGAGGGCGCGCCCGACGUUGCAGUCAUCGUCCCGGAUAUUGCCGGCUCUGAUGUUUAG